CGUGUCCUCUCCUUGCAGAAAGCACUUUUCUCUCUGAGCUCCCUCUGAAGGAGGUGUCAGGAUGAAGCUCCUCUUUGCAGCUGCCUUUGCGCUCUUUGCGCUUUCUACCUUUGACCAGGUAGAUUCCUCUGCAUAUGAUAAAAUAUUAAGCCACAGCCGCAUAAGGGCAAAGAAAGAAGGUCCGAACGUGUGUGCACUCCAGCAUGUGUUGGGAACCAAGAAGAAGUACUUCAGUACUUGCCGUAACUGGUACCAAGGAACCAUCUGUGGAAAGAAAGCUACUGUUGUGUAUGAGUGCUGUCCAGGAUACACGAGACUGCAGGGUAGGCAGGGCUGUCCUGCAGUUUUGGCCAUUGACACUGUGUACAGCACACUUGGCCUGGUGGAUGCAGUCACCACACAGCAGUACUCGGAAAUGUCUAAACUUAAAGCGGAAAUUGAAGGACCAGGAUCUUUCACCUUCUUUGCCCCCAGUAAUGAUGCUUGGGAUCUUCUGGAUUCGGAAAUGAGGACUGCUUUGGUGAGCAAUGUCAACAUCGAGUUGUACAAUGCUCUGCACUACCACAUGGCUAACAAACGCUUCCUCACCAAAGAUCUGAAGGAUGGACUCACCAUCAAGUCUAUGUACAAUGACCUUACUCUCCACAUCAACCACUAUCCCAAUGGGGUGGUCACUGUCAACUGUGCCAGGAUAAUUUAUGGGAACCAGAUUGCCACCAAUGGAGUGGUCCAUGUCAUCGAUCGUGUUAUCUCUGCUGUGGGCAACACCAUUCGGGAUGUGCUUGAUGUUGACGAUGAUCUAUCCUCUCUGAAUACUGCGGUUUCCAAUGCUGGUCUGUUGGAGAAAUUGGGCAGGCCAGGACAUUUCACUCUGUUUGCUCCCACCAAUGAUGCCUUCUCUGACUUGGAGAAAGGAGUAUUGGACAGGCUCAUGGGUAACAAAGGUGCCCUCCAAGCCCUGGUCAAUUACCACCUCUUAAACUCCAUGCAGUGCUCAGAGGCCAUUAUGAGUGGCACCGCAUAUGAGACUUUGGAGGGCAGCAACAUCGAAAUUGGCUGUGAUGGAGACAGCCUCACUGUUAAUGGUGUCAAGAUGGUACUCAAGAAGGACAUCGUCACCAGUAAUGGAGUUAUCCAUCUGAUCGACAAGGUGCUCAUGCCAGACUCAGCUAAGCAGGUGAUGGAACUCGUUGGCUCGUCACAGGCCACCUUUGGUGAUAUGAUAUCAGAAUUGGGUCUCUCAGCGGCCAUGAAACCGAAGGCCGAGUACACACUGCUGGCUCCCCUCAACGUAGCCUUCAAUGAUGAGGUCAUGUCCAUGGACCAGAGUCUCCUGAGGGUCAUCCUGGAAAACCACAUCCUAAAGAACAAGAUUGUGUUAAGUCAGCUGUUUAAUGGCCAACGUCUGGAGACUCUGGGAGGAAAGUUCCUCCGGGUGUUCCUCUACCGCACAGCUGUCUGCAUUGAGAACUCCUGCUUGAUUCGAGGAAGCAAAGAGGGACUCAAUGGUGCUCUUCAUCUCAUGAAAAUUCUGAUCUCUCCACCUGAAUCCAACAUGUUCCAAUUGCUGAAAAAACAUGGCGGCUUCAGGAUCUUUUUGUCGCUGAUUGAGGCAGCUGGUCUGACUGAUUUACUGAAGCAGGAGGGAGAUUUCACCCUGUUUGCCCCAAGCGAUGAGGCUCUUGCUGGACUCAGUGAGAGAGACAUCAGCCUUCUGAAGAGCGAUCCCAAUGCCCUCAGAGCCAUCCUGCUGUACCACUUCAGCAAAGGCGUCAUCAUCGGUGGGGGCAUGGAGGCCGGAGUCACCAAUCUGCUCAAAUCUCUCCAGGGCAGUAAACUCAAAGUAUUGCUUGAAAAGGACGGCAUGAAGGUGAACUCUGUGCAGAUUCCCUCUGCCGAUCUCAUGGCUUCAAAUGGAGUCAUUCACGUCACCAAGAGCCUUCUGUUCCCUGAAGAUGUUCCUGUUGGAAGCCAGGACUUACUCUCACUCCUGAGAAGGUUCAUCACGUACUUCCAAAUCCAGUAUCAACCAGGCUACAGAUUUCAGGAGAUUCCACUGACAUUUAUGAGGAAAAUCAUCACAGGUCCUGAAAUCACAAAAGUAACUCGAGUCAUCCAUGGAGAGCCGAGCCUAACCAAGGUUACAAGGGUCAUCGAAGGUGAACCAAGCCUCACCAAGGUUACAAGGGUCAUUGGAGGUGAACCAAGUCUUACCAAGGUUACAAGGGUCAUUGAAGGUGAACCAAGCCUCACCAAGGUUACAAGGGUCAUCGGAGGUGAACCAAGUAUCACCAAGGUUACAAGGGUCAUCGAAGGUGAACCAAGCAUUACCAAGGUUACAAGGGUGAUUGAAGGGGCGCCAUCUAUUACCAAAGUCACAAGAGUUAUUGAAGGUCCUGAGAUCUUAUUCAGCAGCAUUGCCGAUAUGGAGCACAAUGGACCACAGACAGAGUUCAUUAAUUUGGAUGCAGAUGCAGAGAAAUUGACCCAAACCAUUCAUGAGGGAAAAAGAGUGCCAGGAAGGCGUGUACCAGCUGGAUCCCGGAGGAGAACCAGGAUGACCAGCCAGCCCAAGACUAAGUAAGACGGGGGGAAAAAAUGGACCCUUCAAUCUUUCAAAGUAAUCAGGGUUUUAAGCAAAUCACUUUUGUUUUAAAAGAAAAAAGGUGACCUCUCUUAAUAAGAUACUUUUGGAUGAGUCCGAUUAAACCUUGGUUUAAACCAAAGACAAACAAAAUUAUAUUGGCAGUCAGAUUUUGUUGCUUUGUUAAUCCAGAGAGGGAAAUUCACUAUUAAAUUGUCCCUGUGUAUGUACAUAUCUUUUUAAAUAGUUUUU